AUGGAAAGGAAAUCUAAGCUUAAAUUCCAUGGUGAGAUUCCCCAAGAAUUCGGUGGCCUCUUCAGGCUGAGAUUCUUAAACCUGUCAAGUAACGCACUUAGUGGAAAAAUCCCAGCAAACCUGAGCUACUGCUCAGAGUUGGUAACUAUUGACCUAACCAGUAACAAGCUAGAAAGGAAAAUUCUGAUUGAUCAGCUAAGCAGCCUGAAGAAGCUUAAAGGAAUAGGUUUUACAGAAAACAAUUUGACCGGAGAGAUUCCCUCCUCCAUUGGGAACUUAUCAUCGCUGACUCAACUCACUUUUGACUUUAACAAUCUGGAGGGAAAUUUGCCAAUGGAAAUGGGGCUCUUAAAAAGGUUAUCUAUAUUUUCAGCAACAGAAAAUAAACUGGCAGGUAUUAUCCCUGUCUCUAUCUUUAAUAGUUCAACCAUUACUGCCAUUUCAGUGGCCGGCAAUUCCUUUCAUGGCAGUCUCCCAACCAACAAAGGCCAAAUUCCAACUAAUUUAGGAGAUUUGACAAAUCUUCAAUUAUUAAAUCUUGGUGCUAAUUUCUUCAGGAAUAAUUCCACCCAAGACUUGGACUUUAUUGCAUCAUUGACCAACUGCAGUAAUCUAAGAAUUCUUUCCUUGAGUGGGAAUAAAUUUGGAGGGGUCAUUCCAAGAGAUUUUGGCAAAUUACAAAAUUUGCAACAUCUGUGUUUUGACAAUAAUCAAUUUUCAGGACAAAUAGCCUCUACUAUAUAUCUCAUAACAACUUCAAUGGAAUUAUAUCACCACAAUUUUUGCAGACGCUCAUCACUGAUGUACAUCAAAAUAGGUGAAAAUUCGUUUAGUGGGUCUCUGCCUCCUGAAGUUGGAAAGCUUAUACAUUUGGUGGAUUUCAAUGUUUCGCACAACCAAUUUGUUGGAGCUAUACCCACAUCACUUGCUGAUUGUUCAAAUCUGGCGAAUCUUUCCAUGCAGGCUAAUUUUUUCCAAGGAACAAUUCCACCAAAUUUGGCUUCUUUGAAGAGCAUCCAGCAAAUAGACCUUUCAAGUAAUAAUUUGACUGGAUCGUUGCCAAAAGAACUUGAGAAGCUUCAAUAUUUGAGGAACCUAAACCUGUCCUACAAUGACAUCGAGGGUGAGAUACCAAACACGGGGAUUUUCAGCAAUGCAAGUCAAAUAUCAUUGAUUGGCAACAACAAAUUCUAUGGAGGCAUUCUAGAAUUGGAGUUCCCACCUUGCCCAAUGAUUAAGGGAAAAAACAGAGGAAAGCUGAAGGUUGUCAUAUUGCUGUCCAUUGUUUUACCGGCAAUGUUUCUGGUUCUUGGUACAGUGUUGUUAUGUUUCUUGGCAUAUCGAAAAACAAAAAGAAGACUGGUGGCCAAAUUCUCUAGCAUGUCUACAAGAGUCAAAAAGUUCUUGCAAAUUUCUUACCAUGAACUUCUUCGUGCAACUUCAGGAUUUUCUCCAGAAAACUUAAUUGGUUCAGGAAAUUUUGGAGCUGUCUACAAAGAGACAACUGAUAAACCAACAAGCUCAAGAAGCCUUAAUCUUUCUCAGAAGCUAAAUAUUGCAAUUGAUGUGGCUUCAGCAUUGCAGUAUCUUCACAACCACUAUGUAUUGCGGAAGCUCUACCAAAUUAAGCUUUACACAAUCAACAAUUGUGGCUAUUGA